CUCGUCCACCCUCAGUACCUUCAUCCCCCGCAUGGGCAACAUCAAGAUAUCCAGCCCGGCUCUGUUGCUGGGCCUGCGGACGUUGAGCCCCAGGUUGAACCCCCGGAGUCACCCGAUGCCCGCCGCCAACACUGCUGCUGCCGGUGGCGGAGGUGGAGUACCUGGCUGCUGUCCCACCGCCACUAUCACUUCCUCCACCUACACCACCUCCACCACCUCCACCUCCACUUCCAACUCCACCUCCACCUCCACGGGGAGCCACAGCGCGUCCUGUCCCUUGGCACUCCACCCAGUGUGUGUGUCAUCCUCGUCUUCUUGCAAGGCCAACAUGGACUGGUGCAGGCUGGACCGGCCGGACUGUGGAGUAGCAUUCAGAAUCAAGUACAUGGGCUGCUUGGAAGUAAUCCAGUCAAUGAGGGCCCUGGAUUUCGAGACAAGAACACAAGUCACGCGAGAGGCGAUAUGCCGACUGUGUGAAAAUGUCCAAGGAACCAAGACGUCACUGAAGAAGCGCAAGCCACCACGUAAAAGUAUGUCAGCAGUCUUGGGCAAGAGCAACCUGCAGUUUUCUGGACGCAACCUCAAGCUGAGCAUCACCAUGAACAGUCUGAAGCUGACCACCCUGGACUCUCUACAGACUGUGGCCCACCAUCCAAUGCAGUCUAUUUCCUUCGCCUCAGGAGGAGACCCGGACACUGCAGAUUAUGUUGCCUACGUUGCCAAAGACUUAGUCAAUGAAAGAGCGUGCCACAUAUUGGAGUGUCCAGGGGGCUUGGCGCAAGAGGUGAUCAACACCAUUGGCCAGGCGUUUGAGAAGCGCUUCCGGCAGUUUCUGAGCAGCCCUCCAUCCCUGCCGGCGGCUAGGGAAAGCAGAGUGACCCCCCCAGAGGGAGAGUCCCACCACAGUCUGGUGCUGGUCAAGAGCCUGAGCCCCGAGCGCCCGCCACCCCCCCUGCAGACCCCCCAGCUGCAGAGGAGCCACCACCAUGACUACUACAACAAGGUCCUGGGCAAGGCACCUCCCCCGGGCGGCCUACAGCACAUGCGACUGGACCUGGACCUGGCCGAGCUGACUGGCUCCCCGUCGCUGCGCUCCUCACUCUAUGAGAACUGCCCGCUGCCUCCGCACCACAAGCAGCUGCCGCCAUCUGCAGAGACGCUUACGCAUCAGAUGGGGAGUGAGAGAGAGAGUGAGAGUGAGACGGAGGUGGAGGUGCAGGAAGAGGAAGAGAGAGAGCAGGAGGAGGAGGAGGAGGAGGAGGAGAGGAAGGAGAGGGAAGAGGAGGAGGGUGUUGGUGGCGGCCCGCAAACGGAAGCACCAUCGCUGCCAAGCGCAACGUCCGCACCCGCCCACUGCCAUCACCACCACCACCACCUCCACCACCAAAAGGACAAGCAGCUUUUGCUUCCCCACCACCAGCCUGGCAAGCAGCCUUUGUCUGCUCAACACCACCACCACGAUGACCAACCCUUUGCUCCCCACCAACACCAUCACCAACACAGCGUUGACCAGCCCUUGGUUCACCAUCACAUCCACCACCACCAAGCCAAUCAGCAGCCCUCCCUCGCUUCCUUCCACCAACAACAACAGCAGCAGGGCAACAGAAAUGCCUUGCCCACCCAACACCACCACCCUCACCACUACCCUCAUCCACACCAGGAGCAGCCCUUACCUCCCCACCACCAACCGCACCACCACCCACACCACCACCCCCAGGAGGAGGUGCCAAGGGAGGGCAGGUAUUCCCACCACCACCACCUCCAGCAGGAGAUGGCCUUGUCUGGGGAGGGCAGGUAUUCCCACCACCACCACCACCCCCAGCAGGAGGUGGCCUUGUCUGGGGAGGGCAGGUAUUCCCACCACCACCACCCCCAGCAGGAGGUGUCCUUGUCUGGGGAGGGCUGGUACCACGGCAGGCUGAGCCGGCGGGAGGCGGAGAGCCGUCUGGUCCACAGCGGAGACUUCCUGGUGCGGGAGAGCUGCUCGGCGCCAGGCCAGUACGUGCUGAGCGGACUGCAGGGGGACACGGCCAAACACCUGCUGCUCAUGGACCCCCAGGGCACGGUGAGGACAAAGGAUAAUGUUUUCCAGAGUGUGGGUCACCUCAUCCGACACCACAUGGACAACCAGCAGCCCAUCCUGUCAUGUGGCAGCGAACUGUGUCUCCAGCAGCCUGUACUGCUGAGGCACUAG